AUGCAGAUCAAAAAAAAUGAAAGCAAAGGAGCAACCUCCUGGACAACGAAAAGACUUCUCCCCAUUAGCUUCCCUUCAGGCCUGAAAGGAAACGCGCACCGUUUGCAGAAGAUCUCAGAGAAAGCAGAGUGCAGUGGGCAGGGAGUUAGCGGCUCUAGGCCACCGAGCCCUCGGUUAAGAGUUACAGGACAGGAAAGCCUGCAAGAAAAUAGCACUAAUGAAGAGACCCCGGAUGAGAAGAUAGCUCCAUUGAGUGAGUCAGUGACUGAUGACCUCCAGGUUGACUGUAGUUCAUCCAAUAGUGAGCUAGUGUCAGGACUAAGUGUACAGCAUGGUAUUUCUAGUUCUCUUCUGAGCUAUUCAUUCACAGACUCUUACACAGAAUACAAGAGUUUUGAAGAGAGUUUAAGUAGUUUCCCAUCACCUGAACUCUUCAGAGGAUCAGAUUAUUUAGAUUGGGAAUGUCCCAAGUUGGAAGAACACAUGCGAUGCAAAAAUUCAACUCUUCUGGAUACCAGUAAAGCAGUAUCAAUAGAGAAGCUACCACAGUUUUCAAACCUCUCUGCAAUUUUAGGUAUGCCUUCAGAAGACUAUCAGAAAUGCCAUAGAGAAAUAGUGAUGAUGUUAGCAGACCAAAGUAUUUCUCCAAAACCAAAGAGUACUUCGCAUUCAGAAUCAGAUAAUACAGCUUGUGAAGUUUUACUUGCUGAGAAAACUUACCCUUCAGCCCCUGAAAAAACAAAGAAAAAAGCAAGUCAUUCCUACCAGUACUAUGGAGUGUAUAUCAUGAUUAUGAAUUUGUUUCAGCCUGAAAAAGAUCCUGAACCCAGAGAUACAAAUUUUCAAACAAAGUUAAGUUCUCAUCAUCUAAAAAUCAAGGUUCCUUCAGGUAGAUCAAUUACCAAAGUUCCAUUGUCUCAGCCCCUGAAACCUACAUUGAGAACAAAUUCUAGUAUUCCUGAUAAGAAAAGCAGAGGCCUCUUAACAAGCACUCCAUCUUCGCAAACUGCUGGUUUAGUGAUUGAUUUGUCCUCAGUGCAGAGAGCAUCUUUUGAAGAACUAUUUCCAAAUGUCAGCAAUUAUGUUAAUUCAAAUGAAAUUGUUCCUGUGUCAAAUUUGCAAGAAAAUUCUUCAAAUGAGAUUCCUUCAAAUACAUCAGAAAUAUGUUGUAUUAUUAGAGCAACACCAGGAACUAGACAAAUGAAAAGUAAAGGUGUUAUAGUAAAGAAGAAGAAAUAUUCCCCACCUAAAGAUAUUCCUCAAGAUAUUAUAAUAAAAACAAAUGGCAGAAUGUAGCAGCCAUGGCUGAAUUUUCACCACUUUGAAGAUAUACAUGAAGUCAAAGUCCAUAAAGCAGAAUGUCUGCCUGAAAUUAUAUAUAAUUCAAAAAUCAAAAUUCUCUAAUUAUUUGUGAUAUAUCCUGGUGAUGAAAUUCUACUGAGAUUCUUAUAGUUUACUUUUAAUCAGUAAAGAAACAUUCUUAUGUACGCCUCUUAAAUAUAUGUAUUUGUAUUGUAAAAUAAGAAUAAAUAGCUUAUAUUAAAAGACUGUACACUAAACAGAUGAUUUCAGCUCUUUAUAAAGAGCAAAGUACCAGGCUACUAUGUAACUGCCUUUGUUUUUUUUUUUCCCAAAGUUUGUCCUCUGUAUGGAUUAAAAGUAGUAAAGUUGUUGAAGCACUAAAAAUGAAAAUGCUUAUAUUACGAGCUAUUUUUAAGAGAACUUAAUUGAAACCACAUGAGUGAGAGACCUACUUCCAGGCCUGACUGAAAGAAACUCUGUACUCUAGUUUGCUGAAGCAGGGAAUGUAUAAUACGUACAAUCAAUCAUACACUAAGUUUUUGAUGUAUUACCUCAUCCUUAAGCCUUUAGCUAA